AUGGCGGAGGCGCUGAGGCGUGUGCUGAAUGCCGGCCGCGCGGCAGAGCCUGGAGAGGAUGGCUCUGCUGGGCCGCCACUGCUGUUGCUCGGCGCUCCGCGCUCUGCGCAGACGUCGCUGUUGUUUGCAGCCGCCCUUGAGGCGGCAGGGGAAGGCCGCGGGCCCGUCCUCUUCCUGACACGAAGGCCCCUUCAGAGCCUGCCGCUCAGUACACCCGCAGCGCGAGACCAUUGGCGGCUCCAGAAGAUUCGAUUCCAGUACCCAUCCUCAAUUCAAGAGCUUCUCCAGCUUCUAGCCUCAGCCCACGAGGCCCCAGCACCUGCCCCAUCCCUUCUGCUCCUGGAUGGCCUGGAAGAAUAUCUAGCAGAGGAUCCGGGUGCCCAGGAAGCUGCCUUCUUGACUGCAUUGCUUCUAGAUACCGCUGCCUACUUUAGCCUCCGUCUUGGAGCCAGUGGCAGCUGUGGGCUUGUGGUGGCCCUUGAAACCCAAAAAGAAGCAGAUGGCGAUGGCCCACAUCUGGCAUUACUUCAGCGGUAUUUUCCUGCACAGUGCCGCCUGCAGCCAGAUGCCCUAGACUUGGGACAGCAUUGCUGCCUUCGAGCUAGCCUAGAGUUGGACAAGCUGAGCCCCAGAACAGAGUGGUCAGUGACUUUCUUACCCGGAGGAGAGAUGAAGAUAACCCCAUGGCCUGCCCAGGCUUCUGAGCUCAGCCCAGAUAAAAAAGAUUCAAGUGCUGGAAGCCAGUUCUUAACUUUGGGGUGUGACAACCUCCCUGGUCCUGGGUUUCCCUUGGAUGGGAUACUUACUUCAGGGACAGGUGCAGAUUCAAAGACUUGAAAAAAAUGUAGGUUUUCUGUGUAUAAACUAAUAUUGUGGUCGUGGGCUGGCAAGAUGGCUCAGGAGGUCAGGGGCCUUGGCACCAAGCAUGAGAACUUGACUGAUUCCCAGGACCCACAUGAUAGAAAGACAGAACUGACUCCUGCAAGUUGUCUUCGGACCUCCACAUUUGGGUAGAGGCGCACAUAUGCCCUCCAUGCUAAUAAUAAAUUAAUAAUGAAACCUUUAAGAUA